UCUAUUUAUUUAACUGAAGUUAAUAACAAAUAAGAGUUGAUUCCACUAAACUCUUGUGUGAUAUUUUACAGUGUUCUUCCUUAAAAUUUUGACCCAAUUGGCUCCAUUUUGACUCUGUGAUGUUUUUACACAUAAACAAGAUCAAAUAAGAAAUAAUCUACCUCAGAAAUAAAAAAUAAAUGUGUUAUUGGAGAAAAAGAUGUUUCCUCAUGACAGAAUCUAAAAAAAUCUUCUUUUCCAAACUCCAGAACUCAUUAAAAAUAAAAAACUCUUUUAUAUCCGUUUAUUUCUCCUCUGAUGGUGUCUCUUCCAGCAAAUCAGCGGCCGCCUCUCAGCCAAUCAGGAGGCCCCCCGAAAUCCAGACAGUUACGUCACGGUCGGGUCAGCCAAUCAGCGCAGAGACCCCCGCCCUCCGCGCUCUGUUUUGUGCUCAGAAAGUUUGGACUUGGAGCUGAUAGACAGCAGGACAGAUGAUCAUGUUUUAUUAUCUCACACAACUUCUGCUCCUGCGCACUGACGCUGCUGCUGCUGCUGCGGGUUCUGAUGCGGGACUGUGCGGGGCUCUUUGGUGCUUUUAUUGCGGGUUGAAGAGUUUGGAUUUCCUGUCGGACUGAGCUGAGAUGGGCUUUGAACUGCGGGUUUUUGCGUGCAGCUGCCGGUUCUAGUCUGGACUGUGUCCGGCGCGCAGGGCCCUAAAAACCCGGAGAACCGCACUCCAGCCCCGCAGGGUCCCCGCAGAGAGGGGGGUUAUGUUAGCCGUGGGUCCGAUGGACGGGUCCCGACAGAGCGCCUUCCUCCUCAGCACCCCUCCUCUAGCAGCUCUGCACAGCAUGACCGAGAUGAAGACCCCGCUGUACCCGGCGUACCCGCUGUCCUCCACCGGCCCCAACUCCUCCACCUCCCCGGCCACCACCUCUCCCAACCCGGGCGGCAUGGCCGUGUCCUCCCCGGGGAUCAAGUCCUCCGCGGGGCUGUCCUCGGGGCUCGGCUCCCCGCAGCUCUGCUCCUCCGCCACCCCGCACGGAAUAAACGACAUCCUGAACCGGCCCAUCGCGACCUGCGCCGGAGCCACGGCCGUGGCGGCCGCCGCCGCCGCCUCCUCCUCGGCGGGGCUCCUGUCAGGGCUGCCCCGGUUCAGCAGCCUCAGCCCGCCGCCGCCGCCCGGACUUUACUUCAGCCCCGGCGCCGCGGCGGUGGCGGUGGCCCGGUACCCGAAGCCCCUGGCGGACCUCCCGGGCAGGACGCCGAUCUUCUGGCCGGGAGUCAUGCAGAGCCCGCACUGGAGGGACGCCAGAUUUGCGUGUUCAGCCCAUCAGAACUCCGUCUUACUGGACAAAGACGGGAAAAGAAAACACACGAGACCAACGUUCUCCGGACAGCAGAUCUUUGCGCUGGAAAAGACUUUUGAACAAACUAAAUAUCUGGCGGGACCCGAGAGAGCGCGGCUGGCUUAUUCUCUGGGCAUGACGGAGAGCCAGGUCAAGGUGUGGUUCCAGAACAGGAGGACUAAAUGGAGGAAAAAGCACGCGGCGGAGAUGGCCACCGCCAAGAAGAAGCAGGACUCGGAGACGGAGCGUCUGAAGGGGACGUCAGAGAACGAGGACGAGGACGACGACUACAACAAACCUCUGGACCCGAACUCAGACGACGAGAAGAUCACACAGCUGCUGAAGAAGCACAAACCGCUGCUGCACACGUCGGAGAACGACAGCUCCUAACUUCCUCUUUCUGCGGGGAAAAAAGACGUGAAGUGACGUGAAGGAACUCUGUCUGUCUGGAGUCUGCAGCUUCACUUCUUUUCCUCCAUUUUUUUUAAACUUUUAUUUUGUUUUGGUUUUUUUUUUUUUUUGCACGAAGUCCGGAAGGAAAUAAGAAGAGUUGAUUUUAUAAUCCGGACUCGUUCCGACACAGAAGACGACACUUACCUGUAAAUAGAACCGUGAGUUGUAUCCAAUAGAAAUUAUCCUGCUGUGAAUAAUUUAUGUGUAAAAAAAAACAGUUUUUUUGUAAAGACGCUCAGCUGAAAUUUCACUUUUUAUUUCGU